AUCUGUUGGCUUUCGUACUCUCGGCACUCUGUCCAUAUACACUUCAGUACAGUACGAGGGGGAUGGAGUAAACCAACCAAGUAAUGGAUUCCAUUGAAGAAAAAACAAGCAAAACGGUCGACAUUUAUCGCGACACCUGGGUCCGUUUCCUAGGUUAUGCCAAUGAGGUUGGGGAGGCUUUUCGCGCUCUGGUGCCAGUGAGUUUGGUGUGGGGCAGCUAUGCUGUGGCCACUGCGUACGUUACUGCUGAUGCUGUGGACAAAGGGAAGAAAGCAGCUGUGGCCCACGGGGACAACCCAGGGAAGACAACACGGGUAGCGGUUGCAGUGGUAGACACAUUUGUGUGGCAGGCCCUGGCGUCUGUGAUCAUCCCGGGCUUCACCAUUAACCGUGUGUGUGCUGCGUCGCUAUACCUGCUGGGCAGAACCACCAAAUGGCCCCUGCCUGUCCGCAAGUGGACCACCACAGCUAUAGGCCUCUCUACAAUCCCCUUCAUCAUUACUCCUAUAGACAGGUCAGUGGAUUUCCUUCUGGACUCGAGCCUUCGGAAGGUCUACAGCAGUGAGGGGGAGAAGCACAAAUAAGAAGGGAUCAUGCAGGAUAAAUUGUCCCCUCCUGGGUAGAGACCAGUCCAGGCUAUGCAGACCUGUGCUGAUUAUCCACCACUGUGAAGCACAAAAGAUGUGUGAAGAAGGGUUUCAUGGAGCAAGAUUGUAGAGUUAGUAAAAAAAAAGUACAUAUAAUACAAAAUUUAUAUAAGUAAGGUAAGUUAUUCAAAGUGAAAUCUUUCUUUGAAAUAUUCCCUUGUGAAUCCUUAACUUUAUCCUCUCAGGGCAAUCUUGGUAGUGACACCAAAAACUUUUCAACAGGAAUCUAACAGUAUGAAAAAUGUUUAAAUGUUCAACUUGCCACAGUCAGAGUAUUCUGUGGCAGGGAUACGGCAUGCUGUUGUAUUCCUGUGACCUUGCUUACUGAGAAAGCCUCCAAGGUUGCCCUCAUGGCUUAGAGUUGUGGGCUGUGGGCCACCUCAUGUCCAGAUGUCAAGGAGAUUCAAAUACAAAUUCACACUCACUGUGUUUAUAAGCCAUAUUCAGUGGUGCUGUAAAGACAGGCCAAAAGAAGCCAGUUUGUCAUGAUGACCCUCUUAUUCAUUACUUAUUUAAAAUUAGUUUUUGACAGUUUUUUUGUUUGUUUGUUUCUGAAAAACAAAUGUGUCUGUUACCUAGAACAAAUGUUUUGUUUCACUUUACCUUAUUGGUGGCCAUGGGAGCCAAGUUUGCACUGGGAUAAUUUUUUACACCAUGGUUACAGUCUCUAUUAUUCCAUAUAGUGUAAUAUAUGGUCCUUUUAAACUUAGAAUACAACAAGUUGUACCUCACAAGGAUUUCAAUUAUUUCUUGCCAAUAUCUUAACUGUUUUCAAUUAGUGUCAGUAUGCAGUACUGUAACGUUAGUCUGGAAAUAUCAGCUGUACAAACUUCAGACAUCUGUAAUUAAUUUUAAAUGGUCUUUCCAGCAUCUGGAGUCAAGCUGCUUUGACUCCACCUGGUUCCAGAUUAAUCCUUGACAUCAUGGCAUGAUCAGACUCUGAAAUAUCAUACUCCUAAAAGCAAGCUUUAAACUUUGGGUGUACAGUUUCCCUCCUUGUUGCAGAGGAGUAGAGAUUUCUAUCUAAUCAUUAAGUUAAAUUUAGUGUUGAACUUAUGGGAUGCUUGUGGAGGUCAGUGCCAUACCUAUGCAUACAAGAGUUUAAGGGAUUAUUUCACAACAGAUACUGUAUAUCCAUUUAUUACACCCAAUGUUUUUCUUUGAGGAGCCAACUCCUGUCUCAUGCUGAACUAUGCAAGGGAAGCUGGCUGUGGGAUUGUUCUGCUAUUGAACAUAUGCAGUUACAUAAUGAUAAAAUGUUGUAAAAUAAGAAGGGAAAUCUAAUACAAAAUGUAGCUUGAAAUUUUGGAUGAGCUGUCACUAAGACAAAGAGGAACACACUGUAUGGGGAAUGGCUAUUGUUGCCAUUUGUUGUGUCCGCAUACACCAGUGUACCAUUUUAGCAAUAAUGUUUGUUUAAUGUGUCACACCAUAUUCUCUUUUGCUAUGAAGGAUGUGGUUAACCAUGCUGAAUGAAAAGAUUGUGUAAACAUGGGGUGCACCAAUUAUCUUGUUACUUCUCGCUGGUACUGGGUAGCGAUGUAACACCUUUCAGCAGUACUUAAUAAUCUGAUUAGGUCACAAGGCCAUUUUAAUUGUUUGACAAAACACGUCUGCUCCAGACUGCCAUGUGUGCAGGGUUGGAUGUGUUUGCUCACUGAAGCACAGGAGUUUACUUUUACCUUACAGUAAAGUAGGCUCAUAGUGCACCUUAAAGUGUGAAGGUUGUUGGCCUUUUCACACAGACCGUCUGACUCAUCACAGCAGGAAAAGCACAGCCGUAAGAAGAAAAGGUGUCAGAGUCGACGUGCCAGUGAUUAAUGGUGCAUCAUAACAUGACAGUUGAUGCACACAUAAUUAAUGUUAUUAAUUAUACCUUUGCUUUACCCGCUGUGACACGUGAAAUCGUCUACACUGGAUUAAAAGCAUAUUGGUGCAUCCAGAGUGAACAUUUUUUUCAUUUCAAUGUUCAAUUUUAACUUUUCAGAUUGCACACAGAACUUCACUGUAUUUUUAUUGUUGCAUGCUGCAAAUGGAAACGGUUUACUUUUUUCUGAUGUGUUCUGAAGAGGGUUUAAUGAGUCACAUUUUCAGCCUUAACUGAUAGAAAGAAAAGGUCAAACCUAAAACUUUGUUCUGUCUGCUGUAGUUCAUAAGGGGGAGAUUAUUUUUCAACUCUGAAAACAAGUACUGAAACCAGAAAACAACUUUUGGAACAAAGUGAAAUAAAUUAUGUAAUGACAA